AUGCCACCACAACAACAAACUUUACCACACGAUCCUCUCGCUUCCAGCUUGCUACAUGUCCAACAUCGAUCCGUGGGAACAACUCGUUCAGGCGGAGCACUCACCUUCCCGCCUCUCUACCUCGACCCUCCAGACCACGACCCAGCCUCCAACCAGCACACCGCUGCCAACAACGCAACAGCCCAACAACCGGGCAGCUUUGUACUCGGGUCCACAUUCUACCACCACCCUGAACUCAACGCGCUCGUCUCCAACCACCUUAUCGAUGCCUCUGCCAACGCUUUGGACGCAGCUUCGGGCACGGGGCAUGCGUUUCUCGCGAGUAUAUUUGCAAGCAGAGACGGCGCGGCGCAUGACGAUGAUUCGGACGCAGAGGGGGGUGAUGGUGCCGCCGGUGGUGGUGGUGGUGCAGGUGGCGUAGGUGCGGAUAGCGCGGUGGCUGUACCGCGGCCCAAGAUUACGUCCGAGUUUGUUUCACUGAACGAGGACCUGGUGCCUGCGUCGCUGGAUAUGCACGGUGACAUGCUGCCUGCGGACCAGCACCCGUCGUAUCCGUUUGGCAACCUGUUUGGGCCUUUGGGCGGGAUGAUUGCUGCGGACAGUGCUAUCGUAGGUGGUGCACAUGGGAAUACUGCUACGAAUACAGGUACAUCCCUGGGAGGAGAACUGGGUGAUGCAGCUGCGACGCUAGGCCUGGACUUUGGCGGCGGUCUGGAUGGCUUCAUCAACCUGGGCCACUCAAGUCACGGUCGCAGAAGUGCAGUCAGCAACGCAUGGAACAACUCUAUCAACAAAGCUUCUCGCUCUAAACUCGUUGGCUCGGCCAGUGCGAAUGCGGAAUGGAAUAUUGAUGCGCUCCAUAACACGAGCACAAAUCCAGCAGCAACAGCAGUAACAUCAGCAGCAUCAGCAUCGGCAGCCAAAGACGAUCACGCACGUCCAUCGCACAGAGACAUAGUGCUCUCUGCAAAGAAACUCGAUCUCUCGCCUAGCCUACUCUUCCGCACCAACACCUCCACCGUCCUCGCCCCACCCACAUGGCCCUUCCGCCGCCACGGUCCCGGCAGCACAUCGUAUGCAGCACUGCUUCGCCCGAGCUCCAACAUCUUUGGCAACAGCCCGGCGAGUCAAGCGGUCGCAGCCACGUUGGGUGGAUUGCCCGCCUCAUCAAAAAUCCUUAGAGAGGUAUGGUCCGACUUGGCGCUCGAAGAGCUCGUACCCACCCACAUUGGUGACACGUCUGCCGUGCGGCAUCUCGACGAGCAGGACGAAACGGACGACACCGAUGCUGGCGCGGGGGACGGCAAGCGCGGCCGAAAGCGAGCUCGGGAAGCAGAGUCAGACCUCACCUUCGCCAAACGCAUCGCAACGCUCGAAGCGGACCCCUUGGACCUACUUGGCCCCAUCUCGCGCGAGAUCCGCGGGCAAGCCGCCCAGCCAUGGGGCACUGCCACCGCACGCAACCCACACGGUCGCCCGCGCCGUCGCCACCGCUCGACCUACUCAAACCAGUCGGAAGACGAAGCGGCGGAAGCAGAGCACGACGACGCUGAGCACGGUUUUGCUGUCCGCGAUCGUCUGCGGUACAGCUUUGCUCUGCCGCCCGCCAACUUCAGCUGGGUCGAAUCGCCCGAGGACGGCGAGGCAUCGCACGAUGCCGACGAGCGCGCGGGGACGAUGCACGUCGAGCCGGACGGAAUUGGGUGGUCGACGGCGAAGAGAAUAUUUGUGAACGAGGAGCGCGAUCGGCUGCUGGCGCCGGUGGCCUCGCGUGCAGCGGGAGGCGCAGCGGCUGGGGUCGAGGCAUACCAGGUGCGAGGCCUGCGUGCCAACCAGGGUCUGCUUCCACGACCCCGAUGGACCUGGGCCGACGGCGCGCUCGAGGACGUCGACACCGCCGAUGCGAGCUAUGCCACGCUCUCCGCGUCCGGCUCGCACCAGUCGCUGCCUAACACACACCCUCCAGACGAACAGCACAGUGUCGUCAACUCUGACGAGGAAGUGUACGAGGAAGAGGAAGAGGAGGGGGACGAAGGGUGGGACCAGGGCGCGGAAGACCAGGAGCUGCAACGCGCGUUGUUGCUGCAGUAUCAGCGCGAGAUAGACGGCGAGGUCGAGGAAGUGGAGGAUGGAGGGGAAGCGGAAGCGGAAGAGGAAGAGGAAGAUGAGGAAGCGCAAGUCGAGUACGACCUGGAUGCGCAGUAUUCGGACAAUGACGAAGAUGUAGAGUCGUUCAGCGACGCAGAUACAGCGUAG